AUUCAGCUAAUUGGAUUUACGAGAGAUGAGGUCAUAAUUAUGUACUCGGACGAAACCAAAAGAUCUUUUAAUUUUCAAAUUGUAGAAUCAAGUAAAGAUAUGACAGAUCUUAAAAGUGAGGCAGCUAACAAACUAGAUAUGGUACUUGAGGUUAGUGAAGUGCCUAGUCAAGGCAAUGACAAAUAUAAGGUCAAAUUUGAUGAACUAAAGGUGCUAUUGAACGAAG